AUGUCGGCGACUGUUGCAGGCCCCGGCGCUGACCCGGUGCAUGAGAAGGAGACAGCAGCGGGUCCUCUUAAGCUCCCGCUGCUUGCUCCCACUCCCGAGAGCGCCCCCAAAGAACGGGUAGCCCUCACGGCUGAGCAGCAAACCAAGUACGACUGGCUACUGCAACAAGCAAAAGCCUGGACUGAGGUCCCCUCCACCAAGGACAAAGCCGGCCCGCUCACCGACAGCGAGAAGUUUUGGCUCACCAGGGAAUGCCUCUUACGCUACCUGCGGGCUACCAAGUGGAAUGAGAAAGAUGCCGAGAAGCGCCUGCUCGAGACGCUGACCUGGCGGAGGGAGUAUGGCGUCGAGGAGCUGACGGCCGAGCACAUCUCACCCGAGAACGAAACCGGCAAGCAGAUCAUUCUCGGCUACGACAAGGAGGCCAGAGUCUGCCACUAUCUGAACCCCGGUCGCCAGAAUACGGAACCGUCUCCGCGCCAGGUGCAGCAUCUGGUCUUCAUGGUGGAGCGGGUUAUCGAUAUCAUGCCCCCCGGCCAAGAGACCCUUGCCCUCCUCAUCAACUUCAAGCAGAGCAAGUCGCGGUCCAACACGGCGCCCGGUAUUAAUCAGGCUCGCGAGGUGCUGAACAUUCUGCAACACCACUACCCCGAGCGCCUCGGAAAGGCCCUCAUCAUCAACAUGCCCUGGAUUGUCACCGGCUUCUUCAAGCUCAUCACACCCUUCAUCGACCCCAACACGCGCGAGAAGCUCAAGUUCAACGAGGACAUGAGCAAAUACGUGCCGACCGAGCAGAUGUGGUCUGAGUUUAGCAGCGGCAAGCUCGACUUCGACUACGACCACUCAGUCUACUGGCCGGCUCUGCAGAAGCUUUGCGCCGAGAGACGGGAGGCUCGGCGGCAGCGGUGGGUGUCUGGCGGCCAGCAGCUGGGCGAGUCGGAGGACUAUCUGUCGGGGGCUGCCGAGCACCAAAGCAACACUCCAAACCAUGUCGCUCUCAUCACCAUCCCCACCCCCCCAAACACCACCAACAACCAAAGCCUGGACCUUCCCCCGCCCCGGCCCCUACCGCCAAACCCUCACCCUCACCACCACCCACCCCGUUCGCCCCUUCCACCCCCAACCGCGGGGGGGGAAUACCUCCUCCUACGCAUCUCCCACGCGGCCCUCAACCCCGCCGACCUCGUCACCCUCUCCGUCCUGCCCUUCCUUCUGCGCUCCCACCGACACACCCACCCGGCCGCCGUCCCCGCCCUCGACUUCACCGCCACGGUGCUCGACGUAUGGCAGCCCCCCACCACCAAACCAACCGACCAGCAGCAGCAGCAGCAACAGUCACGCUUCGCCCCCGGCGACGACGUGAUCUGCUUCCCGACCUUUGCUUACACGCUUCGCACGGGGGUGGGCGGGCUGCAGGGCGUGGUGGUGCUGCCGGGGCGGUAUGCGGUGCGGGUGCCGGCGGGGCGGACGGCGCGGGAAGGGGCCGGGCUGUUGCUUGCGGGGUGCACGGCGGAUGUGCAGGUGGUUGACUACACGCAGUACAAGGACCUGCCUGGGGAAGUUGGCACGCGGUUUGGUGACCAGCCGUUCGACAACAUCAUUGAUGCGUACGGCAACCAGGAAGUGUACAAGCAGUGUGCGCGGUACCUCAAGCCCGAGGGCAUGUACAACGCCGCGUCGAUUCACUACUCGGAGUAUACUUUUCGGGCGUUGCUGAAGAGCGCGUUGACUCUGGCUGCCAACACCAUCUGGCCGCGUUCGACUUGGCUUGGUGGCACCGGCCGGACCUGGAGAGCCGCGAGUAUGAUGGAUCCGGGAUUGGACAUGAUGGAGCGGGUGGUCAAGCAGUUUGGUGAGGGUAAGCUGCGCGUUGUCGUCGACAGUGAGUGGCCGUUUGAGAAAGUUCAUGAGGCUCUCGAUGUCGUGAGGAGCGGCCAUGCCGCCGGUAAGGUUAUCAUCAAGGUUAAUGAGGACUGA